AUGUUUAUUUCGUUGCAAGUAUGUGUAUUAAUUCAGUGUUCCAGUGCACCAGCAUCACCAGCGAGGUCUACGGAAACUCUGGCAGCCGCCGUCGAACGCUCCUUGCAAAACGACCGCACCCGGGCAGCACCGGUCAUGCCGCCGAAUGCCAAAGUGCUGCUCGUUAUCGACAGUCAUGUCAUAGACUGGUCUAAAUACUUCCGAAAUCAAUCCGAUUUCCCAAUACGUGUCGAACAGGCUGACUUUCCUGAGCUCGACUUGCUAUGCACCGAACAUAGCCUGACCGUGGAAAUCAAUCAGAUCGGACGCGAUCCAAGAAACUUUUGUCCUCAUGCAGCAUUUGUUGGACCAUCAGCUACACGAAGUCAACAGUCUAAGACGAUUCUCCGAGCUAUGAUCGCCGCUGGAAUUCCAUUUGUCAACAGUCAUACGUCAAUGAUAGCUUUUAUGGAUAAGAACAACCUUAAGAAGCAGUUGCGUAAAUUGGUGUUGGCGGACAAUACACGAAUUCCUUUACUACCAACAAUACACUAUCCUCAUUUUCAUAGAUUUCAUGAACCGACUACAUUUCCAGUUGUGAUAUCAGUAAAAGAAGGUUAUCAAGGAAUUGGGAAGAUUAAAGUGAAUAGUCAGGAGGAAUUAUCUGAUGUGGAGGGAAUGUUGCAGAUUAUGGGAAAGGGUGACACUGAGGUAGAAGUCGAGCCAUUCGUCGACAUCAAAUUCGAUCUUCACGUUCAAAAAAUUGGUCACGAAAUGAAAACGUUCUUACGUAGAGGAAUAUCCAAAAGCUGGAAAAGUAAUGUUGGAUCGGCAGUACUCGAACAGAUUUCUACAAAUGAACGGCAUAAACAAUAUUUGCAUGCGAUUUGUGAGCAUGUCGGCCGAAUGUCAAUAUGUUCAAUAGACAUACUGGUUUCAAAAGACGGACGAGAAUACGUUCACGACAUCAACGACGUCAUUGCAUUAUUUGGCGAAUCACAAGAAGACGAUCGACGGAAUGCAGCAGUACUUCUACGCGCCGUUCUUGCUCCGCCACCUCGCCUACCGUCUCGUCCGUCCAUCGAUCGAUCACGUGAGUCCCGAGUGGAACACCAUGCUAUUCGGACACCCAGUGUCGAUAGGAAGCCCACAGAGAAUUUUGAACCAAAAGAGAUAAAAUCGCAACCGACAGUAACAUCACAAUCCUCAUUUGCUGACGACACCAUGGGACAACUGAAGAGAACUUUUGCCGGGAUAUUUGGGGACGUCGGAUGA